AUGGGAAUUCUCGCCACUCCCAUCACGAACGACUCCAUCAUUACACCAGCGGGAUUUUACGUUAUCGGAUUUACGUAUUUAAAGUUCGCUCAUUUGUUUGUUGGUUUCCUCGGGUUCAUUUAUAUUGUAACCAUUUUGUGCAACUCAUUUAUAAUUUCCAUAAUAUGUAUAGAUCAUCGGCUUCAUUCUCCAAAGUACAUUGCGGUGGCUAAUUUAGGGUUUGUCGACUUGGUGUCCAGUACAGCCUUUAUUCCCGGUACGAUUAAGCCUGUUGUUACCAAAGAUCUCUUUAUAUCGUACAAUGCAUGCCUGUCACAGAUUUUUUUUUAUUAUACUGCUGUAAUAUUGGAGUCAUUUUCCCUCACUGUGUUAGCAUAUGACCGGUUCAUUGCGAUAUGUUUUCCACUGAGGCAUAAUUCUAUCAACACCCCCACGACCAUGAUCAGUAUUUUAGCGAUUCUUUGGCUGGUUUUUGCAGGCGUCAUGAUUUUCUUGAUCGCGAUCUUGAAAAAACUGUCCUUUUGUGAUUCACUCAUUGUGAACCACUUUGUGUGUGACUACGGGGCAGUAUUCAAUCUGUCCUGCAAUGAUAAUACACUGCAAUGGACCGCUGCUUCUGUUCUGUCAAUAAUGCUUUCGUUUGGGCCCCUGACUUUAAUUGCCAUUUCCUACGCAUGGAUUUUGAGAACUGUGUUUCGAAUGAAAAAUGUGGAAAACCGGUACAAAGCACUUGCAACGUGCACAGAACAUCUCAUUUUAGUGGCGAUUUUCUACGUGCCGACAAUAACGCUGUACCUCACUGAACUUUUCUUAUUCGAAGUCGAUCCAAACGUCAGAAUGGCGAACUUGUCGUUAGCCUCCUGCAUUCCGUCCUGUCUGAACCCCAUUGUGUAUUCUCUGGCAACCAAAGAAAUCAGGAACAGAAUACUGGCUAUGCUCCAGAAAGUCAAAGUAGCAGCAUGGAAAUCUCAGGCGUAG